CAAGUGGCACGCGCUGCUUUUGUCGCUGCACUAAUGCCUGGAUAAACAAGCUGCUUCCAUGAGCAGAUGCCGCCCGCCUGGUCGUGUCCCGGAGGGAUGUGCUUCAGCGCACUGAAACCAUCGCAAAUAAGAGGCGUGGCUAGGUGGCGGUACAGGUUAGAGGAGCAACACGACAGGUGUCCACAGUUUACACAGACCGCUGAGCUCUCACUGUGACACCGAGCCCGUGUGAAAACUGAGAGCUUUUUCCCCUAUUUGUUUUUUUUUUUUUUUUUUUUUUUUUUUUGGUGGAGCGCCAAAGAGAAUAAGGCCAAACAAUGGCCAACUUUGGAGGACACGCCAUACCCGGCACCUUUUUCCUGCUCUAUGGCUUCUGGCUAACGGUGAAGCAUGUUCUCCAACACUACUGGAGGACAAGCCAGCCCAAAGGAAGGCAGGUCAUGCCUCCUUUCUUUAAAAGGAUGGAGUACGCUGAAGGAGGUGUAAAAAUCUUUGCCUCAUUUGUCGGUAUCAUGGUGGAGCAGUUCGUGGUGGACGGCCCACACGCCCGCCUCUACGACCGGGAGAACACUUCGUGGGUCAAGCUGAUGAACUGGCAGCACAGCACCAUGUAUCUGUUCUUCGGGAUCUCGGGAAUGGCGCUGAUCGCCAGCACAGCAGUCAGAGCGGUGCCGCUUGGCGUUGACCGCCUUGCUCUCUCCUUUGCUCUUUUUAUUGAAGGAUUUCUCUUCAUGUACCAUGUGCACGGGCGACAGCCCCUGGACGCCCACAUCCACACCCUGCUGCUGUUUGCCGUGUUCGCCGGGUCGGCCGGCACCAUGCUGGAGGUGUUCAUAAGGAACAACCUGAUUCUGGAGCUGUUCAGGGCGGACAUGUUCAUCCUGCAGGGUUCAUGGUUCUACCAGAUUGGAGUUGUUCUUUACCCCCUAACGGGAGACAAGUGGGAUUUGAACCAACAUGACAACAUGAUGUUCGUCACAAUGUGCUUCGCCUGGCAUCUGGCUCUGUCCCUGUUUUUGGUCUCUUGCACCGCCUUCCUAGUUUGGUUUACCACAACAAGAUUCUCUGAAAAAGGACGGGAUAUAGAGAUCGGGAUGAGAAUCGCUUCCUCCAAAACCAGCUCUCAGAAAGCUCUGCUGGAAGAGUCGGACGAAGAGUGAAAGGCUGGCUACUGCUUUGUGUAUUUUUUAAAUUAAAUGUCAUUGCGUUCUGUGUUGUAGAAAAAAAAUGCUUCAUAUGUGUGUGAAAGAGCCGAUUUUAUUUGUCUAUUGUACUUUAGCUUUUUGAAAUAAAAUAAAAAGACAAAUCUAAAUGGUA